AUGAUGAUAGUUGUCGCGGCAAUAAUUGGAUUAUUUUUAAUUUUUGUAAUUCUUUAUCGACAAAGAAGAAACCGAAGUCGUAUUUCAGACCCAAGACUGAAGCCUUUGCAACUUGUCCAAGACGAACCUUUAUUGAAACAAGGAAAACAUGGUAAUGAUAAAAACAAUAAAAAGAACAACCGUCAUAGUCUUCCAGCUACCAAGUCUACAGCCGCAACAGAAGUUAGAAAAUAUGAAGUGAGAUUGAGUAUGCCAAUAGAAUUGGCCAAACCUAUGAAAGAUUAUUAUCAAAUUGAAUCUAGAGCGUAA